GCCCGGGGCUGAGAGGCAAAGUUGCCGGGCGGCUGCGGAGCCGCUCAGGGGCAGCGCGAGGCUCCGGCGGCCCCGCACGGCCGCGCCUCAGGGCCCCGCGCCUCAGGGCCCCGCACCGCCGGGCCCCGCACCGCCGCCCGCCCGCGAUGGCGUGCGCCCAGCUGCUGGCGAUGUGCCUGCUGCCGGCCAAGCCCGGCGCCGCGCCCCGCAGGGAGCCGCUGCCCAUCUUCCACGACAUUUUCCGGCGAGCCGACAAGAACGAUGAUGGGAAACUGUCAUUUGAGGAGUUCAAGAACUAUUUCGCUGAUGGGAUCCUGAGCUCGGAGGAGCUGUGGGAGUUGUUCAGUGGCAUUGACAGGCGUCAUUCAGACAAUGUGGACACGGAGAAGCUGUGUGAUUAUUUCUCAGCGUAUCUUGGAGAGUACAGGAACGUGCUUUCUGCACUGGAAACGCUCAACUCUGCUGUCCUGGCAGCAAUGGACAAAACCAAGCUGAGGUACGAGACCUCCUCCAAGACUGAGCAGUUCCUGACCCGCUUCCUGCUGCGGGAGACCAUGCACCAGCUGCAGUCCCUGCAGGGCUCGCUCGAGUGUGCCGUGGACACCAUGGAGGAGCAGGCGGGGCGGGAGAGGAAGGACAUAAAGAAGCCGGAGACCUCCGUGGGCCUGAGGGCAGGGAGGCGAAGUGGGCGCAGAGGACAGAAGAACGUCUGUCUGUCCCCGACGGACCCCUACUCCGGGAUGCUGACCACAGGCGUUUGUGUCGAAGCUGACAGCCAGUGGAUGGCCCAGAUCGCCAGGCUCCAGCAGCUCAUCGAGAAACUGGAGUGCAAGAGCCCGCGCCUGGAGCCCCUGAAGGAGGACGCAGCGUGCAAAGGACGAGAUGAGCACAUCCUGGUGGCCAAGAGGCAGAUCUCGGUGGCGAAGAGCGGCGUUGAGGAGUUCCGCCAGGCGUUCAGGUCCUACACCGAGGUCACCGCCGGGCAGAGCAACUGCCUGCACGUGUCUGCCUGCAAGCUGACGGACGAGGCCUGCUUCAUCCUCUACGAAUUCUGGCAGGACGUGACUUCGUGGAGGAGCCACCUGCAGUCCAGCUACAGCAAGACUUUCCAGCGCGCCAUCAUCAGCUUGCUGGAGUCCCCGGAGCUGCUGACCACCAUGCUCUUCCCAGCAUCCUGGUGGAUCAUGAACAACAACUGACCCCGGCGAACAGCAGCUCCCAGGACGCAGCUGGCACGCAGAAGGAUGCAGAGCCCCCUGCACAGCCACCGCCUUCGCUAGCGUUUGUCACCUCCGCCUCCCUGCCCUGCGUCCUGUGCAGCGUGCUCACCUCCUGCAGCCUGGGGGCUGCCCCUCAGCUCUGGCAGUUUUACCCUUUUUGCUCGUUUCGCGUAAUUUAUUUAUUCCUCUUCCUCCUGGUGCCAAGGACAGCGUGCAGGGACGGGCUGGGGGACAUGGCACGGCAAGGGUGGCUCUGGCCCCGUCACAUCCCUGUCCCUGACCCCUCAGAGCCACCCGUGGGUGAGCAGUGGUUUUGUCCAGGGAGCUGGGCUGGCUCAUGCUGUGAACAGUGUUUUAUAGGAGAAAA